UGUUCCUUUCAGCUACCAGGACUGGUAGUGGGACAUGGAUGCAUGUUGGACUUGCUUUCUACUGUCUAUAUGAUUCAGACUUUAAUCAAUUUUGUACACAACAAAAUUCAUUCAUUGCUUAAAAUGGCUCUAGCAAGUGGACACUGGGUUGAAAAGGACACCAAAGGAAUGCCACCCAGCCCGAGAGCUGGUCAUGCAUUUGCCGUGGCAGGAAAUAUUGCAUUCUUGCAUGGAGGAGUCUCAAACGCAAAUUCUGUGGUUUUUAUUUGAUUCACUUUCCAGCCUGAAUAUUUGAACGAUUUCUACAUGAUUACAGUUUCACCCUCAGGUAUAACAUGGGAGAUGAUGCCUCAGAAUGGAGUUAUACCACUUGCGAGAGAAGGCCACUCACUUUGUGUUGUCAAAGGAAAACUGUACUUAUUUGGAGGCUCCUGCUACCCUGAAGCAAAAGAAUGUCUUCCAGGUGUCUACUGCUUCGAUGUUGUUACGUUGAAAUGGGACAAGCUGAACACCGGUGGUGUGGCGCUGAAGACUCUCAGACACAGCUCAGCAGCUUUAGGGGAUAAUAUCUACAUCUAUGGAGGAAUUCUGGAGGGAACACCUAGAGAUGACCUUAUGAUGUUCAACACAGUGUCAUUGAUUUGGACGCCUAUCAAAACAAGCGGGACUCCACCAUCUGCAAGAUAUAACCACACGUGUGCUGUUGUCAAUGAGCAGAUCUUCUUGUUUGGGGGAUGUGAAGCAGAUGGAUCCUACUACAAAGACAUUCAUGUCCUAAAUAUAGAGACCCUGACAUGGCAGAAAUGCGAGGUAAAGGGCGAGUCGCCAUUCUCCUGCACUGGUCAGACCUUCACAGCUCACCGUGACAAGGAUAUUUAUAUGUUCGGAGGGAUGAUCCAAAGCUCAGAUGGAAAAAUUUCAUCGACCAAUGAAAUUCACAAGCUGAGUCUGGCAAAGAUGAAAUGGAAGGUACCUCUGUAUGUGGGGAUUCCUCCGGCUAGACGUCACGGCCAUGCAACCUUUAUUAUUCAUAGUCACAUGUAUGUGUUUGGAGGCAGAAAUGAAGAACAGGAAUUUAAUGACCUGAAGAUAAUGAAAUUAAUCAACCCAUCAGAGAGACAACCCGUGAUGAAGGAGAUUCUGUCUGAAUUUGGGCUUCAGGGUGUUAGUAACAGUUUUGUGCCGACGAAGGUUCCCAAUGUGAGGUAUGAGCUGAGUGAGACCCCAGUGACCAUGAGGAGCGAGAGAACCGGGUCAGCACAGCCCACAGCUUAUCAAGAUUUUGCCACAGUUCGAGGUGAAGCACUGACACUGUUCCAUAAAGCUUUUGCCAUUUUAGACGAGCAGUUCCGAAAACUAGACAGAGAAAAGUCUGAUCUGUCAGAAGCAGUGGAAGUGCUUCGUUGUGAGAGACAGGCCAUCAAUGAAUAUCACCAGAAACAGAGCCAGGAAAUUCAAGACAUGCUAGAGAGACACAGACUUCAGAAUGAGGCUUGGCUACGAGCUCGGGCUGAAGAGAACGACAAGGAGAGGAAGGAGCUGUGCAAACUCAGGGAGGAAGUGCUCCAUGAGCAGGAGAAGCUGAAAGAAGAGCAGUGCAACAUCCAAAAACGCAGCGAGCACCUCCUGUCCAUUAUGCAGCAGUUCAAAGGCAUGUGAAGACACUGUCUCUAUGGCAACCCGAAGGAGGGGAGAGGGGGCCGAGUUUUUUUUGUUUUCCAUCGCACUUCUUCAAUGUCAAAGCUCGCUCACGGGCCGUGCCGUCGAUAUGGACCAUUGCAGAAAUGCAUACGUGGAUAGUAUAUUUCCAUAAUUACCAUUUAGCUUCUGUCCUACAGAGAGAGAGACAGAUGGAAUUAUGUGACUAAAAAAUAAAAACAGCUAAUUUGACUAAGCAAGAAAAAUGCACAGACAUUUAGAACUGAGAGCCAGAAGAAACAAAUACUAGA